AUGGAAAAUUCAUCUGUUCAAUUGCGUGACUUACCUGAUGAAAUUCUUAUGAUGAUUUUUAAAAAUUUACAUAAUAUUACACUACUUUAUUCUUUAUCAGGUGUUAAUAUACGUUUAAAUAAAAUAGUACAUGAGCCUAUUUUUGCUAAUCGUUUGACUUUGGUAAAAUUUGUAUCAGAUCGUUUGAUUUCGCGAAGAUAUUCUCCAGUAUCUUUUGCUUAUCCAUUAUCUGAUUUACUACUUGAUCGUAUUUGUCCACAUGUCUUACCUCAAAUUCAUGAAAAAGUCAAAUGGCUUGAUAUUGAAUCAUCAUCGAUGGAACGUAUUCUUCUUUCUACAAAUUAUCCUAAUUUAGUUGGAAUUGCUUUGUAUAAUAUUCCCUUAGAAAAUGCUGUACAUCUGUUUUCAGAUGAUCGUCUUUUCACUUCUGCCUAUAAAAAACAAAUUUCAUCACUUAUUCUCGAUGUUAAAGCGAGUGGAGAAGGAAAUCCAACACGAGAUGAAAAUAUAGUUUUAUUUACUCAUAUAUUUAACACAUUUACUAAUUUACAAGUAUUAAAUGUUGGUCCAUUAUCAAUUUGGGAUCAAUAUUUAUCUUUUAGAAUAUCACCUCCAACUGUUAUUUCUUCGACUCUGUUAGAAUUAUAUGUUGGUUUGGUUGAUUUUAGUGAUUGCCUUUAUUUACUUGAUGGACGUUUCAGUCAGCUUCAUACCUUUCAUGUUAAUAUGGAACACACUACUUUGCGUUCAAUAAUCAAUAAUAGGGAAAAACUGCCUAAUCUAAAAUCGUUUAAACUACAUUGUGAUUUAGACACAGAUUUCUAUGAUGAAUUGUUUUUACCGCUUCUACAUCGAAUGUCGAAUUUAGAAAAACUUGAUUUGGCUCUUAUAGUUUCCACAAAGAAAACGCUACAUAUUGAUGGCAAUGAUUUGAAGUUGAAUAUUAUAAAUUAUAUGCCAUUGUUAAACAAAUUUACAUUUAAUAUUCAUUCAAGAAGUCGUUUUUACACUAAACUUAAUUUACCAUCUAAUGAAUAUAUUCAAGAAACGUUCAAAGACUGUAAAAAUGAAAAAAUUAUUUCUUCUAUUGAUUAUUUCAAAGAAAAAGAAUAUAGUCAAUGUCAUAUUUAUUCUUAUCCAUAUCAACUGAUAUAUUACGAUGAUAUAACAAAUAAUUUUCCAGGUGGAAUAUUUGAAUGCGUUCGUAAAAUAUCAUUGUUUGAUGAACGUCCAUUUGAACAUGAUUUUUUUUUUCAAAUUUCUCAAUCAUUUCCAUUCUUGGAAAAAUUAGUUUUAAUUAAUCAAAAACCACAAAAUAAUAAACAAUUAAGAAAAUUAAAAAAUCAAAAUUUAUCAAUCAUUCAAUAUCCUUAUCUUUUGGAACUUGAUAUCUCUAGAGCUUACAAAGAUUAUUACGAACAAUUUCUAUUCGAUAACAAAACAUGUUUACCAGAAAAUAUUUUUGUUAAGAUGAAUUAUCAACCAGCGAAAAAAGCAACACGCAAUUUUCGAAGAAUCUCAUCACGAAGCAAUUGUGCAAAAAUGAAUUUUGUACUUUUUUGCUCCAAAUCAAACUUUCCCGAUCAUGUAAAAGACUAUUUUCCUCAUGCGCGAAUUGUUUGAAUAUUGUCA